AUUACUAUACGCACACACUUAUUAAGUGAGAAGAAGAUCAGAUUAGAUCAGAUCAGAGAGAAAAUUCAAUUCAAUGGCUUGUGUCGCUGUAAACUCUCUUGUGAGAACUAUUGAGCUUGAGUUCUUGCAACCUCAACCUCGUCCAAUCGUACUACAAUAUGGACUUAUCCCUGGCAAUGAAAACUUGCUCCAAUGUCUCCACCAGAAGCUUGGUUUCCUGAUAGAGCUGUUCGAUGAGAACAGAAUGGAUGGUAUUCAAGCCAUUAAAGACUUGGAAGCUAAGCUCAGAGAUGUGGCUUUUCAAGUGGAAGAUAAAAUUGAAUUCCAAAUCUUACAUCUUUAUGAUGCAGAAGAAGACUUGGGAAUUGCAGAUCUUUUUGGGGAGAAACCACAAGGGGAAACAUGGUAUUCAUUCAAACUUGGUUGCAUUUCGGAAGAAGCAAUAAGAGAUAUUGAUGCCAUCCACAAAGAGUUGUCCAAAGUGAAGAUGGAGUACGAGCGUGUGAAAGCCUCGCAUGGAAGGAAAACAAGUACACUUGCAGCAGCUUCGACCAGAUAUGAUGGAGUUGUCAUGAUGGGGGAUUCUUCCCAAUACGCUUCACACUCCCAGCCACAGGACAAUAUAAUGGUGGGGAAAAACAAUGAGUUCCAGAUUGUAAAGGGGAUGUUAAUUGAGCAUUCAUCAAAGCAACGGGAAAUUGUCUCCAUCAAAGGUAUGGGAGGCAUUGGCAAAACAACGUUAGCCAGACGAGUUUAUGAAGAUUCAUCAAUUGCCUCCCACUUUGACAAACGAGCUUGGGUUGUUGCAUUACAGUAUCAUAAUAAAUUACAAAUGCUAACAGAUCUUCUUAAAUCAAUAGGUUGUGCAGUGGAUAGUUUCACUGGAGAGGAUCAGCUAGCUGAACAGCUAUACCAAAAUCUGAUGCAUCAAAGAUACUUUGUUGUGAUAGAUGACAUUUGGAGCGUUGAUGCAUGGAAUUCUGUCAAAGCUUCCUUUCCUGAUAAUGCAAAUGGUAGUCGAGUAUUGUUGACUACUCGCUCUGCACAUGUGGCUACUAGUAUUAGCUCUAACAAUAACUUUUCUCAUCAAAAGCAAUUGUUAGAUCAAACUGAGAGUUGGAAUUUAUUUUGCGAAAAGGCAAGCAAAUCUGGCUAUGCUGAGUUUGAAGCGAUUGGGAGACCCAUUGUUGAGAAAUGCAAAGAAUUGGCUUUGGCAAUUGUUGUGGCUGCAGGUUUAUUUUCCAAACUUCAUACACUAGAUGAGUGGAAGAAUGUCGCAGAAGCUCUAAAUUCAUCUGCAACAACAACAAUUGAUGAAGAAUGCUCAAGGAUACUCUUAUCCAGUUACAAUCACUUGCCUCACAGUUUGAAGGCUUGUUUUUUAUAUUUGAGCGUAUUUUCAGAAGAUGAAGAGAUCCAAGUUAAGGAAAUUGUAAAGUUGUGGGUUGCCGAAGGACUCCUAAAGGCAUAUGUGGAUAUGAGCUUUGAUGCGGUGGCUAGAAGGUACAUUCAAGAAUUCAAGGAUAGGAACCUAAUUCUUGUAAAGCAACAAAGUAUUUGUGGAAGAAAAGUAAAGGCAUUUGGAAUGCACGAUUUGGUGCAUUCUUUUUGUGUGAGGGAAGCUAAAAAGGAAAACCUUCUGCAUGUUGUCUAUGAGAAUGAGUCCAAUUCCCCUCCUAAAUAUUUCCGAUGGGUAAGCAUCCAAUCAGAAUGGUUUAACAGACAAACAUUAUAUUCUUCUUUAAAAAACUGUCGAUCCAUCUUCGUUUUUUACAGAUUACAUAUAUUUAUAAAUUCAAAAUUUUGCAGUCUAUUAAGAGUACUCUAUAAUCAUAUUCACUGUGAUAUGGUGUAUCUUGUCCAUUUGAGAUGCCUAUUGUCAUCGUUGCGAGUUUUAACCAUUUCAGACGAUCCAUUUUGUAGUUGGAAUCUUCAAACACUUUCAGCUUAUACUAUUGAUAAAAUGAGCUUUUUAGAGUUCCCACAACUACAACAUUUGCGUUGUUUUAACCCUCUGAGUGAUAUUCCCAUAUUUUUUCAUCAAAACUUGAAGAGCAUUAGUGUGUUAAUUCCUGAUCAAUGCACAAAAGAAUUGUUUACAAAUAUUCCAUACCUAAAGAAGGUAGAGAUUCUAUGUUGUGAAGAUGGUUGGAGUGAUGAAUGCAUUAAUAACCUUGCCUAUUCACACCAGCUCCAGAGUCUACAUCUUCGUGGUCAUUUCGGCUUUCCGUCUGUGAUUCCAAAUAUUAACUGCCUUGUUUGCUUGAAAAACCUUAUAAGGUUGAGGUUUACGGAGUUGACAUUUGAGUGGAAGGCAAUUAAUAUUCUUAGCAAGUUGCCUAAACUUGAGGUGCUAAGGUUAAACAGUUGUGAGUGCAUUGGUACAGAGUGGGAACUAUUGGAGAAGGAGAAUUUUGAGCAGUUAAUUUAUUUGGAAAUUUCUCUCAGUUAUCUAAAACAUUGGGAAGCAAGUGCCUGUCAUUUUCCAAAUCUCGAGCACCUAGUCAUUAAAUGGUGUCCUCAAUUGGCGAAGAUCCCAACUGACUUUGCAGAAAUUCUAGACUUGAAGUCAAUCAAAUUGAUUGAUUGUCGUCUUUCUGCGGUGAAUUCUGCAAAGAAAAUUCAAGAAGAGCAACGUGAAUUUGGAAAUGAUAAUAUGGUUGUCAUUGAGGAAUAUACUAUACUGGUCAGUCUCUCUCCAGUAUUCUUUCUCUAUUGCCUUUUUUUUAUUUCACUCCCCUUUUUCUCCAAACUUGAUUUAGUUUCACCAUGUCCUAAUAAUUUCUUUUCAAUGAUUCAUAGCAGCCUCACUACAGCUCUGUUGAUGAUGAUGAAUAAAAGCAAAAAAAAGCAAGGUGAUCUGACAUACAGCUCCCACACUCUUAAGCUCCAAUUCAAUGGCUACUCAAUCUUGGACGCCGCCACCCUAGCUUGUAAAAUGCAACGCUUUUCAUUGUUAAUGAUUCGGCUGGGUUGAAUCGGGUAGUACAGUCUCCGUCAUAAAUAUGCAUGGGCACUUUAAUUUGUUGUAACCUGUAAUGGGAAGUUUUCUUAGAACCGUGAUCUGGGUACGAUUAAGCCAAAACUAUUGCUUGCUGCGAGGCUUUAUCAGGGCUUAAAUGGAGAUGUAUUAAUAACGUCAUCCUAGAGCUCAGAUACACAAUUUUAACUUUUGUUAAUGUUUCUCAUGAUUAUUUUUA